AUGCUUAGGAGAAUACCGAAAUUAAAGCUUGGUCAAUCGAUAAGAUCUUAUAUUGUCCCAUCCUUAAGUCAUAUAACUGAGGGCAAUGCACUUCCUGGGCUUCUUAGCGUGAAUGGUACCCAAAACGCAUGGUUCGAUAGAACUAGACAUUACACAGAACAAUUAAACGGACUUGUGAAAGACCAAGAACCAACGCAACAGGAAUCAUACUUAGAUCUGGUGUUACGCUAUGGAGAAUCUGGUACCAGAAAAGAUAUCGUUAAUUAUGCGUCAUUGCUAUUCAACUUGAAUUUUUGUUAUUCUACUUUGAAAGGUUGUUCAGAACCAUUACCUAUUCCUCAAAUUGGAGCUGAUACUCUCUUAAAGACUCCUGACGUUAGUGUCUAUGGUAACGAGGCAAAACUGAGCGUGACAUACCCUAAACUAAAUGAUAAUAUUAAGAAUUCCUUUGGUUCCAUAACUGAAUUUAAAACAUUAUUAAUAAAUUCAAACUUGGGUAUAUCCGGGGAUGGCUUUACUUGGCUAGUGGCAAGGAAGAAUACGUCAACAAGUCUGGGAUCUUCAACAUCUGCUUGGACCACUGCAAGGGAUUCUACUGAACUAUUUGUUGUUAAUACUUACAAUUCUGGUUCUCCAUUUCUACUAAAUAAAAUGGACAUGAUGGAUAAUUUAUCGAGGAGGUUGGCUGAGAUUAGAAAAGCUCAGGAACCAGAACCUGCGGAGGAAGAAGUAUCCAAUAAUGAUACAUCUGAAUAUAUGAAAUCUGUUGAGGAAGCAAGACAAACGAACGCCUACGAGAAAUCAAAAAAAUACAUACCUUUGUUGGCUAUCGACGCUUCUCCUAAAUCCUGGUUAUCAGACUAUGGUGUAUUUGGGAAGCAAGAAUAUCUUGAACGUGUUUGGAAGUCUAUAGACUGGAACAUUGUAGGAACUAGACUUCCGAAUUAA